CCAGCGUGGAAUGCACGUCGUUCGGCAGGUCCAGGAAGUAAACUGUCCGGUUCGGCCAGUGGUUAACAGAAAUCUCCUACGGAGACAGGUUAUUUAAUUCGCAAUAAAUUUAAAACUGGCGACUUAAUUUUUUUUCUACGGGCUUUCCCGGAGACUUCUGCAGGGGCUCCCUCGCGUUACCUAGCAGCGAAUUCUCUGCGUCCCUUUUCACGGAGCGCAGGUGUCAAGCUGUCAGCUGUGGACUGCUAAAGGAAGCAAAGCCUCUUCCUUGAUCAUGGUAGAUGCUGCUCUGGCUCAGGUGGGAAAGAACCUGAGUGAAGCCAUGAGGAUCCUUGGAGAUGGACAGAUGGAGCCAGGCGCAGGAACGGAAAGCCGACGUUUCAGUAGAACCAGUAUCCCCGGACCUCUACAGGGAGAUGGCCAGGAUGUAACCACAAUACUGCACCUUGUUCACCACCUCAUCCAUGAAGAGGAAGAUGAAGAGGAUGAGAGGGACAAGGCCAGCCAGCCGAUCCAGAAUGUGGGGGAACAGGGUCACAUGGCCUUGCUGGGCCACAGUCUGGCAGCGUACAUCUCCGUGCUGGACAGAGAGCGGCUCCUGAAGCUAACCACUCGGAUUCUGUCUGACACCACGCUGUGGCUCUGCAGGAUCUUCAGGUAUGACAAUGGCUCCGCCUAUUUCCAUGAAGAUGACAGGGAUGGCCUUGUAAAGGUCUGUCGGCUUGCCAUCAACGCCCGUUAUGAGGAAUAUACAACUGAAGGCUAUGCUGUCUUAAGCUCCAGACAGCCAGUUAUCUACCAAAGCGCCUCCUGCAGGCCUGGCCUGGGACAACACCUAUGCAACCAGCUUGGCUUGCCUCUGUCCAGCCUGUGCACAGUGCCAUGUAACACCAUCUUUGGAUCCCAGCACCAAAUGGAUGUUGCCCUGUUGGACAAGUUGAUCAAAGAGGACACAGACGCUGGGAAGCUUCCUUUGCUGCUGAUCGCUAACGCAGGGACCCCUGAAGCAGGUCAUACAGACAAACUGAGUCGCCUUAAGGAGCUGUGUGACCAGCAUGGUAUAUGGCUUCAUGUGGAGGGGGUCAACCUUGCCACCCUGGCUCUGGCCCAGGUCACCUCUGCUGUCAUGGGAGCAACCAGAAGCGACAGCAUGACGCUGACACCUGGUCGCUGGCUCGGGCUGCCUGCAGUCACUGCUGUCACCCUCUACAGACACGAAGACCCGGCCCUGUCCCUGGCAGCUGGUCUGACCUCCAGCCAGCCUGUGGAGAAGCUGCGGGCGCUGCCUCUGUGGCUCUCUCUCCAGUACCUGGGCCACAACGGGAUUGUUCAGAAGAUCAGACACGCCGCAGCUUUGAGCCAGCACCUCCUGCUGAAGCUGAAAUCUGUGACCUGCAUCAGAACUUCGGUCGAAGAUGAACAAAACUCUCCUGUCGUGCUGUUUAAGUUUUCCCAGGAAUCGAAUGCUGGAGGCAGUGGGGGGUCUGUGGACGGUUUGUGUGCUGGAGAGAAGGAGGUGCUGGAUACCUUCAACGGAUGGAUGGGUGAGCAGCUUGCUCAGCUGAUUCCCUCUAGUGGAGUGGAUGUGGUGGAGCUGGAAGAUGAAGGGACCUGUGUGCGUUUCAGCCCCCUCCUCACAGCUGCAGUGCUGGGAACCCAGCAGGAGGAUGUUGAUGAGGUGGUGCAGAAACUCCUGGAGCUGGUGCCGAUGAUGUCAGCCACAAUGAACUUAAGACAGGACUUCAGGGAGGAGACCCACCGCCACGCACCGUCACUCACAUACAUAGAGGAGCUGAGCUGGCCUGGUCUGGGAGCCUUUCGGUAUGAAUCCCAGGCUGAAGGAGCAGAUGAGGGCAGGAGGAAACAGGAGCAGAAGAAAGUCAACGAUGCACUGCUGACGAAACUACAAGAGCUUGACACAGACAUCGUUUUCUCCACUGGCCCUGAGUUUGUGAUGGAAGAAAACUGCAUCUUUGUGGGCAUGGUGACAGAUGAUGUUGAUGUGUCAGAGCUGGUGGACACAAUAUCUACACUGGGAAGAGACAUAGAGGAAAGCGGAAGGAUACUGGAGAACAUGACAGAGCGUGUGAGGAAGGGCAUCCUGGAGGCAGAGCUGCAGCUGCAGAAGGCCAACGAGGACAAACUCCUGGAGGAGGGAAUGCUGAGACAGCUUCCUGUGGUCGGCUCUGUGCUGAAUUGGUUUUCUCCAGUUGAAAGCUCCAUAAAGGGAAGGACUUUUAACCUGGCAGCAGGUUCUCUGGAUUCCACAGACGUGACUUACUCCACCAAAGUCCAGGCAGGCAGGACGUCCCUCCAAGACACCCCCAUCCUUUCAGCUAAGAGACUGUCAGGUCAGAGGUUAUUUCGGCGCCCAGGUGCGGGUUCUGACUCGAUGAGUGAGACCAGCUCCGUCGGACCAGCUGACGAGUCAUCCAGAGAGGAGAGCUUCACCGUGAGCCCCAACAUCCACCCUUCCAUGUCCAUGUCUCCACCCGAGACAGCGGAGCAUGCCGAGGCCUGCUUCAGACCACCAGGUCUCCAUGGGAACCCAGAGCAGGUAGAGGCUGAGCAGGAGAGGCAGCCUGAAGGCCAAGAGGUUGAUCUGAGUGGGAGAUAGGUCCACUGCAUGUCCAUGUGUUCUCCAUCCGUCCUGCACACACAGCCAGUCUAACAUGUGCUAAACUGAGACACUUGGAGUCCAGCCUCUGCAGAAGGCCACCUGGGCAGCUUUUAUCUCUCAUUUCAAUGUUUCAGGAUGCCAAAACAACCCAACCAGUCCCUCUGUGUGACUCACUGUGAACUCAGAUCAGUGCAUUUCUACCAGUCUUCCUCUCUUCUGCCUUUACCUCUCUGUUGGUAAAGACACUUGGUGGCUUUUGGGUUGGAGAUGUAGGCUCAUCACACAUGGAACUGUUUCGAAGACUUUCCAAUAAACACCCAAGUUGACAUGUUUAGAUUGGGCCAUUUUCAUCUCUGAUACAUCAACAUAAAUAUUUGCAUCUAUGAACAGAAGGAUAGAAUGAUUUACUUCACAUAAAAUGAUGAUGUCCUUGUAAAACCUGGACCACCAGAUCAGUCCGACAGAAUCACUGAGGAAAGGUAAUUUGCAUGUUUACAUCCACUCAUCAUGGGUUAUUAUUGUUGUUCAUUCAUUUAUUUGAGUCCUCCUUUUUCCAGGGUUGUGUAAUUAUGCAACAAACAACUUCAGCUUGGAAUUUAUUGCAGACUUUCUCCAAUCCACACAGCCUCUAGGACAGCGGUCCCCAACCUUUUUAGUCGCGCGGACCGGUCAGCCCUUCUCAAUUUUGCUGCGGACCGGGUGGGGGUGGUGGGUGGGCGCGCAUGCUCAUUCUCCUGCAAGUUGGCUCAAUUUUGACGCGCAAGACGUAACCGGUAAAAUCCGGUUUAGGAUUUUCAAAAUAGAAGAUCCGGAAGUAGUUCAUUAUUUCUUGCGCGGCCCGGUGGUUGGGGACCACUGCUCUAGGAUGUACAUACAUACUAGUUCAGAAAUAGUAUACGACUAGUGUUAACCUGUAAUCCUCCAUAGAUUCUUCAUUGCUCUGGAAGUCAGUCUGUCCAGAGGUGCUGAGGGAAUUUUUUCUUUUUUGUCAUACUUGUAAAAAGUAAAUAUAGGUUAUUAAGCUUCAGCUUUGUCUAGAUCAGAGGUCUUCUUGAACCUUCACCGCCACAAGUUGAGGUGAAUUUGUCUACAUCCCCCUAAAACCCAGUGUGGAUAAGAGAAAAUCUACAAUAAAUCCAUUAUUUUCCGUCCGAUUCCUGUUUUUAAAAAUGUUGGCAGUUAAUUUUAUCAAAAUUCUGCCUUGGAAAAAAAUAAGUGAAUCGUUAAAACACCCAAAUUCAGAUCAAUCCCCUGCCCACAAUGAUUAGUUCUAAACUUGUGACCACUACUCUAGUCAUUUAUAAAGUCAUAAUCCAUGACAAAUAAUAGGCUCAUGCAAAAUGAAUGAUAGAAUGCAGCAUUACAUUGACAUACAUGUAAUGUUUUAAAAAAGUUCUGUUAUAUUUCUAUAGAACCUUCUGAGCUAUAAUAAUUAACAUGCAUAUUUGUAACUAAAAAAUAGCAGUAGAAAAUAAUAAAUUGAAUUUAGUAAUGAAAGGUGAAACCUGAAGAACAAGCUUGAGUUUGACAGAAUUCUAAUGUUAUAAUAUUUUCAUGAACAGGAAUGUAGAUCAGACACUCCACAUUUCUACUGUUACUGUCGGCCGUUAUCCCAUGUGGUUGGAUCCAUGAAAACUGAAAAACUUCAAAACAGACAUUUUGUGUUUCAAAAUGUUCGUAUUUACCAAGCAAGUUCAUAUUUAUUCAGUGUAGAAGUGCAUUCAUGAGAAUAUUUGUUAUGACAACUACUGAUAUCAGAAAUGAGCUGUUGAAGUUGCACAUAUUUAAUGUAAAAAUAACUUUUAACACCAAAACAGCUUAGAGAAAUCAAAUCAAAUUCUCUUUACAGCUGCAGAAGUGGCUAGAUUCAAAGAACUUGACUUUUCCUUAGUGUUUUUUAAUAAUUUUUUUAUUAAUCUCACCAGGGAGCAUUACUAGAUUUUUUUACUACUCUGAGGGAUAUUUUUCUUUGCCAAGAUAUUUGCCAAGAUAUUUUAUAUAAGUAGUGUGUGAAGAACCGGCAUUAUGGAAUGGUUUGGGUGUUUGUGCUUUAUUGAUUUUUUUUUGUUUUUUGGGGGCGGGGGCUUGGUCGUAUUUUUGAACAGUUGAGUUGAUUAUGCUAAACGUUUGAAGUCUUUUGUUUGGUCCUCAAGGCUGCUUUAUUGCAAGCGUGUGCACUUUAAUGAGGAUUCUGACAAACUAACCUGUUUUCCAUGACACACGUUCAGUACCAUGCAGAAAUAUUCAUACCCUUUGAACAACAUGACCUUUUUGAAACAUUACAAUCUCAACUUUAAAUGUCUUUUAUAGGAAUUUUAUGUGGUAGACCAACCAAUAGUUCAUUAUACGGAAAAAGAAACAAAACAAUGCAUUUGAUUAUAAAAAAAACCCCAAAAAACUCUACAAUUCUCUGUGUUGGUCUCUUACAGAAAAUCCCUACAAAAGCCAUAAAUGUUAGUAAUCUCACCAUGGUAAAGAUUCGGGUUGUGAAUAGUUUUGGACAGGACUGCACGCUGGUCGUCCCACCCCUCAGCAUGGACUACUGGAGAGCUAGCGCUGCUGGUAGGACAGGGAUGGAUGUGCUGUUGGAGUGGGGCUGCUGCACUGGCAUUAAGUUUCUAAUUUCAGAAAUUUCUUCCUGAAUGUGUUCUCUAUUCCUCUGAUGCAAACUUUUGUUUCAGUUAAGGUAUCUUAAAAGUGAUAGGCUGGUUGUUUUGAGGUGGGACUAUAUGACCUACUUUCAAGCUGUCCUUACUGGCAACAAGCAUUGUUCAGCUAGUGUGAUGAGGACUUACUGUGAUGAAAUCUUAACAAAAUGACAUUAACAUCUACUUAAUGGUUAUUAUUAUUUCCCAUGCCAGGUGGAAACUUGACUAGGAGUGAACAUUGGCUGUUACAAUGUUGAUUUAAAGGCCCAGUUUGGGUUUUCUGAGAUUGAGAGGCCGUGUGCUUCCUGUUGAGUCAGUCCAACUGCAGGACUUGGACUAAAACAGAAGAUUCUGACAACUUGAAGCAACCUUAAAUGGUUGCUGAUCAUUUUGUACGUUUUGGUUAUUUUGUGUCCGUUUGAAAGGAAAAGAAAAAAAAAAGCUGUCUGCCGUCGAACGCUUUGCAUGAAUUGUAUAUCUAUUCCAACCCAUCGUAGAAAAUUUUUUCAGUUUUGACAAGCAGUGGUUUCCACUAACCUCAUAAUCAGACUACUCUGUAAGCAAAAUGCGGUUGUUUAUCAGCAGUGGAUUUGCUCCGGGUUAUUUUGGGUUUAAACAGUCAGAAUCUGGUAUAUUUGAAAAUCAAUGACCCAAACAGAAUACCUUGUCGAAGGAGAAUACUGUUUGUUAUAAAGUUUCAUUGAAACCCCAAAUUAUUCACACCCCUGGCAAAUUUGGAUUUAAAAUUAUUUUCAUUCAACUUCUAGGCUGCUUAAGUCAGCCUAAUUCUGUGGUCACUUAAGAUGAAAGUCAUCUUGUCCUGGAGAACACUAAAAAUAAUAAUCCGUGUGCAAAAGUUGCAAACAUGACCUGAUAGUUUUUGAUGAUUAGCUUUGCACAGUUAAAAAAUCAUAAAAUGGUAGGGGUAAAAGGGAAUCUGUUCAUAGUUGCCUAUUACAGAUAAGAUAUUGACUGCUCAUCACUUCUCCACAAAACCAUAUCACAAGAAAUACGGUUUCUUUAAAUGUGUUUGCAUUGUUGUGCCUCAUUGUAAACUUUGUAUGAGAGGAAACUCUCAGAAUGAAGAGCUGAAACUCUAAUCUCCAAACAGUGAGGAUGAAGGUUCCACCAGAGUUGCACAUCUUCUGUAGAUAAUUAUUUUACUACUGGUUUGUUGUUUUUUUUCUUAUGGUGUAAAUGAAGCAGAAUUUCCUUAAUGAUUCUUUCUGUAAUGGGAUUCUAAUGCAAUAUAAAAAUGAUAAAAUUUUUAACUUGA